AUGAACGACAACACUGCCUCGAUGUUUGGAUUGAAAGAGGUGGAGCAUAUCAGCGACCCAAAUAACCUCUCACAAUCGAGUGAGUCCGCUGCUGAGUUCAGUAACGACAAUGCAUGCGUUAGCAAUACCUGUGAUGGAACACACCAUCACCAUGACGGCGAAACGGAGUCAUGUUCUUCAGGAACUAAGAACUGGAACAUCAUCAAGAACCCCUCCAAUGGAAGAACAAGGAUCUCCCAGGCCUGUGAUCGUUGUAGAGCAAGGAAGAUCAAAUGCAGCGGUAAAUCAGAUACAAAUCCCAGGUGUACAAACUGUGAAAAAGAUGGGUUCCAGUGUGUUGUCUCUGAUAAACUCACGCGGAACUCCUUCCCCAAGGGUUACACAAAGAAUUUGGAGAAGAAGUUAUUGGACGUGGAACUUAACAGAAACCAGCUAUUAUUGGAAAUCCAGAAACUAAAACAGAAAAUUUCACAAUUGGAGAAUGCAGGUCCAAAACCAACUCUAGCGCCUACGUCAAAUGAAACACCAACACCAACACCAAAAUCAAUAUCGCCUUCAGUUGCAACAGCACCGACAGUACCUACAGCUGCAACCAUUACCACCACUAAUACCACCAAUAAUAAGACAACCCCUUCAGUUGCACCGCAUGGUGUUCUUUCCACAUGCAAUUUUAUGCCGAAAUGUGUAACGGACGGUGAUGGUGAUCAACUCAUGUCUAAAGAUUGUGGUUUUGAUACACCGUUACCACUUCUUGACAAAUCUAUUGAGACUUCCAGAAAAAACGCAUUCUACAAGGAAAAAGUUAAGAUAGACUCUUCCGGACUACUAGUUCUUGACCAGAAUGUCAUGGCUCCAUUUGAGUCCAUAUUUGCAUCUUUGAAGGCAAACCCAUUCAAAGGGUACAGGUCUUUAGCCUUUCAGAAGGAUAACAUUUCGGAUCUCACCUCAACUACAUCAACCGGGAAUAGUUCAUCAGUAUCUCCAGAACAGUUGAAUCCAGCUGUUUCCAAACAACUUGCAAAUUACCACAUGAAUUUAAAUAGGUACCUCAAUUUGAUUUUGUACAAGUUGAUUUUCCCCCUUUUCAAUUCGGAUUCUAAAUCUGCAAAUGGUUUAGUUUAUUCAACUAACUCUGGCAAUGAAUCCAAUAAAAACUUGGACCAUUUGAUAUGGUUGUUUUUCAAUGAUUACAACAAAUUGAUUCCUAUACUUGAUUUUGAGCUGUUCUACAAUGACUACCUAACUUUUGUUAACACCUAUACUAUCAAAAAUUCCACUUAUGUGGAAAAUGGAAUAAUCAAGAAAAAGUAUUAUGAGUUCAACCAGAAGGAUCAGGAUAUCUUGGUUAAACUAGUUUUGAUUCUAAGGUACACUCUCUGUCAACCGAAGAUCAACGAGAAUGAUUACUCUUCUGCAUUUUUGCCCGACAAGUCGGCACCAGAUCAACUUGAAGAAUCAAUAAAAUUAAUCAAUUUGAGACAUUUGAUGUUGAUGUUCAAAAAUAUAGGCUUCUUGCUAUCACCAAAUAGGGAUAAAUUGGAAAUCUCUCUACUUAUGUUUUAUUAUCUCAUCAAAUUUGAAAAUUACAACUUACCUAAUUAUACAGACUCUCUGCAUUCUCACAAGGACUUUUUGUUAGAUAUUAUCAAUUUGAAUAUUGGGUUGGUACGUGCGUUGAACAUCGACAAACCCAAUGAAUUGUUAGAAACAAAGCAGACGACAAAUAAACAGUUGAUUGAAAUACAGAGAUUAAAACUUUAUUGGAACUUCAGAAUCCUUGUUAAAUUGUCCGAAAUAUACUUCAACAUCCCUUUGACGGACGAGGAGUACGAUAUAAAUCCAAUCGUUGAGAACGAAAACAACUCCAAGUCACAUCCUUCUAGUCUUGAAUCUAUUGUUUUGGUUAAUAAGGACAUAAAGAUUACGCUUUGUUUGGUCAGGUUACUAAAGAUAAUUCCGUGGAACAUAAUGGUGUUUGUAAAUGAACAAAAUCAGAACGUUUUAAUGAAGAUUGAUGCAGAAUUAUCAAAGUGGAAAAAGUCCGUUGAGGAGUUGUACAAUGAGGAUGACUCUGUAGUUUUUAAUAAGUUAAAGUCCUACUAUCUUUACUUCAAAGUGUUGGUUAAUAUCAAUGGCACAAUUGAUUCUUCCUAUUUCAUUGAUUUUAUUAACCUGGUGUAUGAUUUAACUUUUAACAAUCCAAAAUCAAGUUAUAAGCCACAUGAAAUUUCCAUCGAAGCAGCCGAAAGUUUAUGUUUGCAUAGCUUCAAUUUCCACCUGGUUACUUUGAUUUCUAUUACCAGCUUGCAAAAUUCUAAAGACAAAGCGGUCUGUGAAAAAAUCUACAAAUUAAUCCAACUCUAUCACAUCUUGGUAAAUUUUAAAGAUGUUGAUCCUUUGAUUACCACUUUUGCCAUCUACAUCAAGGAAAAUAUUAUGUUUUCAUUUUCCGAUGCAACUACAAUUCACGACGAUACUCUAAAAUUAUUCUCUGCGGUAGAUUUGGACAGGUCCAACAAUGGUUCUCUUUUCGAUAAGAAAGUGUUGAAAAAUAGUGCCCCAAAAAUAUUAAGCACAGCAAACCAGCCGCAAACCAAUCUUCAACAACCAGCACCACAGACACAAAUGGAAUUUGAUCUCAACGCUUUUAGUAUUCCUUCCGAUACUUCCUUCUUUGAUAAAACAUCCAACAAAAGAAGAAAGUCGACUGCUUCUACAUCGAGUGUUGUUUCUUCAAAUAUGUCUUUAACUUCAAGGGAGUCUUCUGUUUCAAUGUCUCGGAGAUUAUCUGGAUCCUCAAAUGACAGCAUGCCCACUCUAUUUCCUUCUGCCACAAGCCCAUAUCAUAAUUCUUCUAGUAGUAUUAAUAGUUCCGACUUACUUACAUCUGCCAAGAAGAGGAUCAUUGAUUAUGCCAUUCAACCUAUGAGGACGUCAAUGAACAGAAGCAGAUCGUUAUCAUCGGAAAACAGAUUGAGAAAAACUAGAGUUCAGGACAGAAGACUGUCUGGAAGUAACUAUUCAGGUGCAGCUGUCACUUCUAGGGAAAACUCAGUUGAUUCCAUUCAGAGUCGCCGUGACACAAGCGACAUCCCAGCUACACAUACCCAGGCUACAGUUGACGAUUCCAUUAUAUCACACUUUUUGAAUUCUCAAGGGGAUUCCGAAUUGGACCCAGAUGUCGGUGCAAUCCUAAACAAACCGAUUUCCAAACCAUCCAAUUUUAAGCACAACUCAAGCUUGUUACCAACAAUACCAUCUGAAGGUAAUUUGAUGAAUAUCAUGACCUCGUUGGAGACAAGUGCUAUUGAGCCAGCUGAAAAAAUUAACGGGAAUACUGGGUUCAGCUUGAACACCAUUUUUCCUUCUAAUUCCAACAUUUUAGACAGCUUCAAUGCUUUCAAUUCCUCAUUAACGGAUAGUAAUAGCAACAAAGCUAGGAAAAAUGACUUUUCCAAGGCAUUCAAAUCGAAUAACGCCAAAGGCAGCAUUUCCGAUGCUUUUUCACCCAAUUCUUCCAAUUCUACUUCUGCAAAAGAAGCUAAGAACGAAAAGGUUUUCAUUGAUGAUGAUGAUAUAAUGAGACUCAGAAAACAUGUAAUGAGUAUGAAAUCUACACCACAUUGA